AUGCCCGUCGGCCCUCGAGUAUCCAAAGAAGAAUUCAUGCACGCAUUGGGUCUGAACCCACAAGACCCGCAUCAUGAGCAAUACUACCGCGCCAUGCGAGACGAAGCAAUAAUUGUCUACAACCGCAUGAACCUAGACACCUCCAACCUUCUCGACACUGUACGCGCCGACCCAGCAACUCGUCCCCCUUUCUUCUGGCACCAUAUCCGUCCGGACUGCCAGCGCUGGGCGAUUCUAGAGAUCUGCCACAAUGCGCCGCCGCUGGUUCGCGGCUUGUUUGAGCGCGGAGCCACGAAUGGCGAGUACGGCCCGAACUGGGUUGCCGGGUGGUUGUUGUAUAGUGUUUUUCGGUCGCGGGAUGUGAGGAAUAAUCGGAAUAGGAGGAAAGGAGAUGUUGCGGGGUCUGCGGGUUCGGAAUCUGAUAAACGUAUGGAAGAGACACAGCCGAAGAAGUACUAUGAUCCUGUGCGGAAUGGGACAGUAUGA